AUGACGUCAAGUGUGAGUCUUGUUCAUCAACAAUGCCUCCUGAGUUGUACGCUGACUGGAGUAGCGGGCAAACCCGGGCAUGACUCGGAUGUCACCGCGCUCGUCAUCUCCUCAGAUGGGCGGUGGGUAGCGACGGCCUCCAAGGAUUUCACCAUCAUCCUGUGGGAUGCGCGAGACGCAUGCAUCUUGCAAGAGUGGUUCGCCCAUGGCGGAGAGGUCAGGGAUCUCGCCUUCUCACCAGACGGCCAACGGCUCGCGUCUACAGGUAAAGACGGCAUGGUCGCAAUCUGGGACAUCAUCAGUGGCAGUCCACAUCAAGUCGCCACCAUCCAGGGUCACCCUACUCCUCUCGAAAGCUGCGCGUGGUCCAAUGAUGGUGCUUAUAUUGCAUCCCAAGGGGAUGGCCGCACUAUGCGACUCUGGGAUGGACGCACAGGGGCGCCUCUGCUCUUGCGGGGGCACGCAGAUUGGGCCCGCGAUAUCGUCUUUUCCCCAGACGGUCGGCUACUGCUCUCAGCAUCGGUGGAUAAGACGAUGGCGAUAUGGAAUACUCACACGGGGGCAAAGAUCCGGUCGCUCAAGGGGCACACGGGCGCGGUGUUCACGGCAUGCUUCUCACCGUGUGGGAAGUAUAUCGCCUCUGCAUCUGAAGACAAGACGGUGAGGCUGUGGAAGACGAGGUCGGGAUCAUGCAUGAAGAAGCUCUCCGAACACGGUUCAUGGGUCCGGCAUGUUGCGUUCACUCCGGACGGGACAAUGUUAUGGUCCGCAGCGUGUGAUGGGACUGUUCUGGGACGUCGGCUACAGGACAUUAUUCCGAACAUAUUCAAAUCUUAG